CAUUCUUGUUUACAUGAUGUUCUUUUCCAAAUGCAGAACUAGCCACUCCAGGAGUUGGAGAACUCGGGAUUAUAUUUGUAGUUGUGCUGACAUGGAAGCACAACCUAGCAUAUCUAACACUUUCAGUGGAUUGAAUCUGCUCCCUGGAUCAAAGAGGAAGUCUCCUGCAGAUGCUGGUGAACACCAUGAGGAAGAAUCAAAGCGUUUACAGAACCCAACAAGCUCAGAUCAUGUGAUGAAAUCCAAGCGAGGGAAGCAGACUUUCAUUGCUAGACCUUGGGAGUCUGACUUAGCUAUGAGUCCAAUUGAUGUUACGGUAGAUUACCAUGCUGAAAUGAAUAAACAUAGUUCACUUGGUUGUCUUCAAACCUCAGCAUGUGCUGUAGAGGAUAGCUUAUCCAAAGGUUUCGAAGGAUACCUUUCCAUAGGGUGCUGUUUCCAGUUUGAUCAGAAAAGCAGGGUUUGAUACACAUAAAUAUACCUCAAACCUCAGCAUGAACGGUCGAGGAUAAGUUAUCCAUAGGUUUUGAAGGAUACCUUUCUAGAGGAUGCUUUUUGCAGUUUGAUCAGAAAAGCAGGGCUUCAUACACUUGAAUAUACCUCCAGGAAUGUUUGGUUUGAGCUCAUGCUUCAAUUAUGAAUUCCCGUGGUCUUCCCCAUUGCUGCAAUUUAUUCUUAUGGCAUUAAUUUUCGUCAUUUGUUCAUGUAAGGUAUUUAAGCUUAGCAAUUUUUUCUCAAUGUUUGAACUUGAUGUAUCAAUAAGUAAGACACGAUCAAAUCUACCUUUUUCAUGAGCUUGUUUUCUCGAUCUGAGUGUGAAUGCAUGUUGAAGUAUUUCUAGA